AUGCAGCAACCAAUUCCAUCAGAAGAAACUGCUAACCUGCUGGCACGCUUAUCCCAGCGUCCAGGGGUGCAGGGCACAUUGAUAUUGUCGCGCGAUACCGGUGCUAUUGUGCGAUCGUCGGGAUUGACAACUGAGGAAGAGGAGGUUACAGUCGAUGGCGAUUCUGUUGCAGGCACCAGCGGUACCGAUGGUGAAAUGAAAAAGAAGGGUACGAGAAAAGCGGAGGAUGUUGCAAGAUUGGUCUGGAACUUCAUUCAGAGCGCUGGAGAAAUGAUCGAGCAACUCAAUGGAGGUGCUGAUGAGGCCAAGUUGUUGAGAGUGCGAACCAAGAAGAACGAACUCGUUGUAGUUCCAGAUGCGAAGUUCCUAUUAGUUGUGAUCCACGACACACCACCUGCGUGA